GUACGCAGCGAGCGCACGUAGCGAGCGCAACGCGUCGGGGCUGGAGUCGGAGGGGAGCCGCGGGGUCCUCCCGCUCCUCGGUAGUCCCCGGGCGCGGUGCAGUCUGGGGGAACAUGGCCGCUUCCGGUCUCCCUCCCGGGCCGGCGCUGGCCUGACCGCGGCCCCUGCCCGGCGCACUCCGCCCUCCGCUCCUGCCGCCCCGCAGCCGCGGAGGUCGCUUCAGCCUUUCCCUCCCGCUGCCCCCGCCGCACCAUGGAGAAGAGCUCGAGCUGCGAGAGUCUUGGCUCCCAGCCGGCCGCAGCACGGCCGCCCAGCGUGGACUCCCUGUCCAGUGCUUCCACGUCUCAUUCAGAGAAUUCGGUGCAUACAAAAUCAGCUUCUGUAGUAUCAUCGGACUCCAUUUCAACUUCUGCAGACAACUUUUCUCCUGAUUUGAGGGUCCUGAGGGAAUCUAACAAAUUAGCAGAAAUGGAAGAACCACCCUUGCUUCCAGGAGAAAAUAUUAAAGACAUGGCCAAAGACGUAACUUAUAUAUGUCCAUUCACUGGUGCUGUCCGAGGAACUCUGACUGUCACGAAUUACAGGUUAUAUUUUAAAAGCAUGGAACGGGAUCCCCCGUUUGUUUUAGAUGCCUCUCUUGGUGUGAUAAGUAGAGUAGAAAAAAUUGGUGGUGCUUCUAGUCGAGGUGAAAAUUCUUACGGACUAGAAACUGUGUGUAAGGAUAUUCGGAAUUUACGGUUUGCUCAUAAACCUGAGGGGCGAACAAGAAGAUCCAUUUUUGAGAAUCUAAUGAAAUAUGCAUUUCCUGUCUCUAAUAACCUGCCUCUUUUUGCUUUUGAAUACAAAGAAGUGUUCCCUGAAAAUGGGUGGAAGCUAUAUGACUCUCUUUUAGAGUAUAGAAGACAGGGAAUUCCAAAUGAAAGCUGGAGAAUAACAAAGAUAAAUGAACGCUAUGAGCUUUGUGAUACAUAUCCUGCCCUCUUGGUUGUGCCGGCAAAUAUUCCUGAUGACGAAUUAAAGAGAGUGGCAUCCUUCAGAUCAAGGGGCCGUAUCCCAGUUUUAUCAUGGAUUCAUCCUGAAAGUCAAGCCACUAUCACUCGGUGUAGCCAGCCCAUGGUAGGAGUGAGUGGAAAGCGAAGCAAAGAAGAUGAAAAAUACCUUCAAGCUAUCAUGGACUCCAAUGCCCAGUCUCAUAAAAUCUUUAUAUUUGAUGCCCGGCCAAGUGUCAAUGCUGUUGCCAAUAAGGCGAAGGGUGGAGGUUAUGAGAGUGAAGAUGCCUAUCAAAAUGCAGAACUAGUUUUUCUGGAUAUCCACAAUAUUCACGUUAUGAGAGAAUCAUUACGAAAACUGAAGGAGAUUGUGUACCCUAACAUUGAGGAGACUCACUGGUUGUCUAACUUGGAAUCUACUCACUGGCUUGAACAUAUUAAGCUCAUUCUUGCGGGGGCUCUCCGGAUUGCUGACAAGGUAGAGUCCGGGAAGACGUCUGUGAUAGUGCAUUGCAGUGACGGCUGGGACCGCACAGCUCAGCUGACUUCCCUUGCCAUGCUCAUGCUCGAUGGGUACUAUCGGAGCAUCCGAGGCUUUGAAGUCCUUGUGGAAAAAGAAUGGCUAAGCUUUGGUCAUCGAUUUCAGCUUAGACUUGGCCAUGGAGAUAAGAACCAUGCAGAUGCAGACAGAUCGCCUGUUUUUCUUCAGUUUAUUGACUGUGUCUGGCAAAUGACAAGACAGUUUCCUACAGCUUUUGAAUUCAAUGAAUAUUUUCUCAUUACCAUUUUGGACCAUCUAUAUAGCUGUUUAUUUGGAACAUUCCUCUGUAACAGUGAACAUCAGAGAGGAAAAGAGAAUCUUCCUAAAAGGACUGUGUCGCUGUGGUCUUACAUAAAUAGCCAGCUGGAAGACUUCACUAAUCCUCUCUAUGGGAGCUACUCCAAUCACGUCCUUUAUCCAGUAGCCAGCAUGCGCCACCUAGAGCUCUGGGUGGGAUAUUACGUCAGGUGGAAUCCCCGGAUGAAACCACAGGAGCCCAUUCACAACAGAUAUAAAGAACUUCUUGCUAAACGAGCAGAGCUUCAGAAAAAAGUAGAGGAACUCCAGAGAGAGAUUUCCAACCGAUCAACCUCAUCCUCCGAGAGAGCCAGUUCUCCUGCACAGUGUGUCACUCCUGUCCAAACUGUUGUAUGAAGGGACUGUUCAAGGGGGACCGGCAUUGCCAUGAACUCUGGAUUACAGUGGCAGCUUUAGGAGUCUAACUUCAGUCUUCUGAAGUUAGAACGUACCCCCGGGAGAAGUGCAGUUGCUGUAUUUAUUUUAAAUCCUUCCAGGAUGGGUUUAGAACUGUGGCAGUGCAGGUGGCGUGUGUGAAAUAACCCUGUAUGUAAUUACACGAUUAUGCCACUAAUCUUCUAAGUCACCCAAAGAAUAUUAAGAUGCUUCAAUACCAGAUCCACAGUGGGAACAAGUUUCUGAUUUUAAAAUCAAAAUACAGACCACUUCAGAAACAUACCUCUUGCUGGAAAAGAACUCGUGGCACAAAGGGAAGGAGCAUCCCAUUUAUCUCAGCACACCGACCCUGCAAUUCUGUGGCAUUAUACAGAUACUGAGCCUCGAUGGCCUGAAAGCUCAGAAAUCAGUAGACACUCCCUUCCCCCGUCGUGGGUUUUUCUUUUCUGUAGUAAUUUACUUUGAUCACCCUUCUGCACCCACUCUCUUCAUAUCUGAUAUGGCAAAGUCUUGAGGCUAUUAUGGCGUAGUAGUAGUUGGAAAUUUCUGCUGUCGUUACUGGCGUAUGUAUUGAAGAUGUAGUAGCUAGCUGUUCCAGACAGACGCCUUAGAG